AUGGAUAGACUCCAUUCGGAUCCUAGGUUUUCAGUAUGCCCCAACUUCAUGUCCGAAAGGUAUCACAUCAGUCGGAUCAGCAUGGUAACAGCCAACGUCACCGAAGCCCAGGCCGCUGACACCCUUCACAACAUAUGGGUGACCACCAAUGAAGACCUGUGCUUACAGUGGCAACAACAACUUGCAGAGGACGACAGACUGAAAGCAGAGAAGCAGUGCCUAGACGAAGAAGAUCAGGAACGUCAACGAGCAGCUUUGCAACUUGAAGAAGCUGCAGCGCGUGCGGAUGAAAAGAAGAAAAACCGUCUAAAACACAUUCCAAUACCCAUGUGCCCUUGUCCCUUCGCCAAUGAUGAAGAAGCCUUAAUCUUAAUUUCAGAGUUCACAAUAUGCAAACUGGACAAAGGUCAGUAUAUAGAACUGUACUACUGGACGAACCAUGGACUAGAUGAUGCAAUGGUCAACUACCGCACUUGCGACAACAAUAGCUUAGUUCCUACCACCAGUGAAGAUGGUUCCACAGUUUGGAUAAGCUCCGCAUCCUCUAAACCAGCAUCAGGCAUCAUAGCGGAUAGACACUUAUCUCCAGCAGAUUUUGCACAAGCCAUUCCUUGUAUAGUCGCAGCUCUAGAAGAACAUGACUGGCCUCAACAAUGUGUGCUGAUGCUAGCUCAAUUCUGGGGAGCCAUCAUGCUACAUUGUUACUGGAACUCUUGUGACCUAUUAGCUCAACGAGCCAUCAUGCUAUUCCAGGAAGAGCAACGCAGAGCGUGGCACAACACUAUUCCAUCCUCAAAAGGUGCUUGGGACAUUUCAGUCAUCGACGAGCCAACCCUUGCAUGCACCUUCAAGCGAGUAUAUCAUGCCUUGCUCAUUCGUUCCGAUGUGCACAGACAGGAUAUUCAGGUUAGUACCUCCUUUCAAUUACUUUGA